GCACGCGUGCCAGUGUCUAUGUGAGCCCGUGUGCCUUUCUGCACGUGUGAGCCUGUGCGUGCGUCUACGUGAGCCUGUGAGUCUGUGCCUGUGCACGGCUCCGUGCCCCAUCUCUGUCUGUGUACGUGCCUGUGCAUAUCUGCGUGUGUCUGUGCGUGCAUAUAUGCACGAGCUUUUGCAGGUGAAGCUCAUCUCUCAGGCACUUCCAAAGGAGUCGGUCGGUCGGUCGGUCGGUCGGGGCGGGCCAGGGCGGAGCUGCAGCAGGACGUGAUGCUGGGGCUAAAUCCAGCCCCUUCCGCCCUCCCUCUCCCAGCUGGGCAGGCCUGGUGGGAGGAGGAGCAGGGGCUGCAGGUGGGGAGUGAGGGUCCCCAGCGACACGUGGGACUGGGUCCAGCCCAGUCCCUGCACCCCGUGCCGGGGCAGGACCCCCGUGGCCCCUCGGUGCAGGGCUGCGGGGCUGGGUCGUGGUCCUGGUGCCCCCGUCGCACGCUAACGCCUGCUGUCUCCUUCCCGCAGGCAGCCAGGAGCCCGGACACCCCAAGGAGAUGGCUGCGGAGCUGGAGCCGGCGCCAGCCGCGGGCUUCCCCUUCCCGGCGCCGGUGACGAUGGAGGAGCAGGACCCGGCUGGCCCCGAGCCUGGGGUGGGAGCCGAGGGGGCAGGGAAAGCAUCCCCCAGAAGCCCGGCAGCCCCCGUGGUCAAGCAGGAGCCCGUGGAGGAGCCCAUCCAGGGCUGGCAGGUCACCGUGCACGUCAAGCUCGAGGACGUGGCCCUGAACGUGGAAGGACCUGGGGCAUCGCCAGAGCCUCUCUCCUCCGGGCUAGAGCAGCCUCCGCCCCAACCCGGGCACGUGGCUAAGGAGGGGGUCACCGUGCACGUCAAGCUCGAGGACGUGGCCCUGAACGUGGAAGGACCUGGGGCAUCGCCAGAGCCUCUCUCCUCCGGGCUAGAGCAGCCUCCGCCCCAACCCGGGCACGUGGCUAAGGAGGGGGCCGGAUGGGGUGAAACCCCCAGGCCCCAGAAGGAGCUGCCUUGUGCCCCGAAAGAGGAGCCCCCACCCCGCCAGGAGCCAGAUUCCCCCGACACAGAGGCGACCUGGGACUCGUCAGCAGAUGAGAGCUCGUUGGACUACUUCCCCAGAGGAGGCUCUUUGCUAGGGACAGGCAGCCCCUCUCUCUGGGCAGAGGCCACCGACCUGCGGCCAAGAGCCACCCGGCCGCUGUCACGCACCCCAGGGGCCAUCCGGAUGCGCCGCCUGCGCUGGAGGCGUCGCGCCCUGCGGGACAGCAUGCAGGAGGAGGCGUUUCGGGCGGAGUGGGUACGCCACCGGGAGGCUCAGGACUUUCGGGCGCAGGUGCUGCGCGAGCUCCGCCGCUUCCGCCGCAACCAAGCCCUGGCGCUGGAGGAGGCGCGGGCUGGGAGGGUGGCCCUCCAGCAGCUGGUCGGCGAGAUACAGGAGAAGCGGCAGGCGGGCCCGGGGGGGCGGCCCCCCGGCCAGCCCCCGCUGGCCCGCCGCGGCCGUCAAGGGGCACCGGUCCUGCGCCCCCCGCUCCCGGUGCCAGACCUACCUGCCACGGCUGCCCCUGAGGAGGAGGACCUGCCCCGCUCCGCAGAGCAGCCAGGGCGGCAGCCCCGACACCCAGAGGAGAUGGCUGCGGAGCUGGAGCCGGCCUCAGCCGCGGGCUUCCCCUUCCCGGCGCCGGUGCAGCCCGUGGUGAAGGUGGAGGAGCAAGACCCCACGGACCCUGAGCCCUGGGUGGGAGCCGAGAGAGCAGGGAACGCCCCUUGUGUUGUCCGGGCGUCCCCGAGAUGCCCGGCAGCCCCCGUGGUCAAGCAGGAGCCCGUGGAGGAGCCCAUCCUGUGCUGGCGGGUGAGCGUCUCUGUGCUGGGGCAUGGUGCCGAGCAUGGCUCUGGGGUCGGGUCUCUGCUCCGAGGCUUAAGGGGCCGCGGGAGAUUUGCACCCACCUGCGGGAGCUCUGCAAGCGCUGGCUGGAGCGAGGAGCAGAUGCUGGAGCAGGUGGUGCUGGAGCAGGUCCUGGCCGUCCUGCAGAGCUGGGCGUGGGGGCGCGAUGUGGAGACCUGUGCCGAGGCUGUGACUCUGGCCGAGGGGCUUUGGCUGGGGCUUGCGGAGGACAGGACACCCCAAAUGAGUGUCAUGCUUGCAUCUAUGCUCCUCUUGAUCUCCGUGUGUCUGGGGAUGUUCCCUCCCAACCCCGUCUCUGCCAGCUCCCAGUGA